AUGACUGCCAUUUGCAACUUCCUCAUGAAGAGUCCAGUGCCUACCCUUCUUGCUGAUGUGUUCUAUUAUCUGACUUGGAGAAAUGCAAAUAAGGGAGGAAUGGUUGCUUGUUGCGCCCCUCUAUUGUACACAUGGUUGCAAACCCAUCUUCCAAAUAAGGGUCCCUUUAUGGAUCAAGAGGAUGCUAGUUGGCCCCAGAGGUUGGGAUCACUCCGAUCCAACGAUAUUUCCUGGUACUCUAGGGAGUGUGAUGGUACAGAAAUCAUAUCCAGUUGUGGGGACUUCCCCAACAUACCACUCAUUGGUACUCGAGGUUGCAUUAAUGCUAAUCCAGUCUUAUACAUGAGACAACUUGGGUACCCAAUGGAGGGACCUUCUGAGGAGAAGUUUUUGGAAGCUUUUUUGCUACAUGACCUAGGAGUUGAGAAUCUGGCUUUGUUUGCAAGGAUCAAGAAGGCAUGGGAAAAGGUCAACAGGAAAGGUACGGUUGACCCAGGAAAGAAGAACUGUAUCACCAAAGAGCCAUACUUUCAAUGGAUAAAAGAAAGAGUAAGAUCAAUCAAGAUGCCUUUCAAAAUAGAGACGUCUAGUCUUCUUCCCGAGCCUAAACCUACUCAUGUCCCAAUUGAGGAGGCAGAAGGACUCCGAGAUUCUUUAGAGAAACUUACAAAGGAAAAUGAAGAGUUGUUGAAGAACCUACACGUGGUCACUAAUGAAAAGAAUGAGUUUAAAUGGAAACUUGAGAGGAAUAAAACGCAGCUUCAGGCUGAGAGGGGUUGUCGUGAAAAAGAGAAAUGGUGGAAGCUCUCCACAAAACAAAAGAAGGAGAUAAGAGAGACACUUGAGGUUGAGAUAGCCGACCUCAGUGCUUCACUUUGUGAAUCAAAAGAAAGGGCAGAAAGAGAACGCCGUAGUAAAGAGAGUGCUUUGGCUGCUGCUCAGAUUACACCUGAUAUGUGGAAAGGAAAGUGCCAAGAGGCUGAGAAUGCUAAUGAGUGGGAGCGAUACUGGAGAGGCCGAUAUGAUUCUUUGCUAUGA